CGGACGCAGUGAACACAAAUCCCAAUCAGCAGGGCAACCGCUUUCCGACGCCGCCUAUGCCUUGCGCAAAAACAAAAAGAAGAAAGAACAACAAAUCACAGACUAAAUAACUGUAACGUUUGCAAUUUUUUCUCGGGUGUUAUUGUUCUCGAUUCCCUACACAAGCGUUGCAUCCUACACUAGAGUUGCCAACGGUAAAUAAAUUAAAGAGUGCGGGUGUGCCUGGGCUGCCCUGACAACAAAUGAGCUGGAAAAACGCCAGCGACGUGCCUUCGCAUUGUCCGUGUUUGGAAGAGUGAGUGAAAGAGCGAGUGUAAGAGUGCGUGGGUGCGAGUGAAAGAAAUCAUAAACUGUAAACAAAAUACGCAGUUGCAGUAACAACAAUAUCCAGAACUGCCUGCAUUUGUUUAUCUAAGAACAAUCGACAGGCCAACAUUUCAAAGGAAUCUCAGCCUAAUCUCUCACAAAGCCAAAGGAUGUCUGCCUCAGCUGUUUUGGGUCUGCUGUUGGUGCUUGGAGCGCUCUGCCUGUGCCGUGCCGAGCUGUACACGGCCCUGGCCGAGAUGGAGGAACUACUUGAGACUGAAUCCGUAUUAAUAAGCAAUCUAGAGGGCUAUAUUCGUGUGCAGGAAGAUAAGCUGGCCUAUUUAAAAAACAAAAUGGAUGAAUACCAAAGAGAGCAUGCCGAUGCGGCCAGCGACAUCACCGCCUACGUAUCCAAUCCCAUUAAUGCCUACUUGCUGACCAAACGACUGACCACCGAUUGGCGGCAGGUGGAGAAUCUCAUGGAGCACGAUGUGGGCACAGACUUUUUGCAGAACCUGACGCAAUACCGGAACGUGUUGAAGUUUCCCUCCGACGAGGAUUUAAAUGGCGCGGCUGUGGCGCUCUUGCGCCUGCAGGACACUUACCAGCUCGAAACAGCGAGUGUGGCACGCGGACAGCUCAAUGGUAUCCAGUACAGCACGGCCAUGUCCUCGGACGACUGCUUUGAACUGGGCCGACAAUCGUAUGUGAAUCGAGACUAUUACCAUACCGUUCUUUGGAUGAACGAGGCCAUGGAACGCAUGUUGGAGGAGGCACACAAUCAGACACAGAGCUUCACUCGGGCCGAGGUGCUCGAGUAUUUGGCCUUCUCCACCUACAAACAGGGAAAUGUGGAAAGCGCGUUGACCAUGACAAACGAGCUGCUCCAGCUGCUGCCCAAUCAUGAGCGUGCGAAUGGCAAUAAGAAGUUCUACGAGAAGGAAAUCGCGCAUAUGCAGGAGCUGAAGAAAAUGAAAGGUGACGAUGGCACCGACGAAAUACCCGUGUCCGAUUUGCCGGUGAAUAAAAGAGAUCCUGCCGUCUUCGAUAUGACGGAGCGCAAGGCAUACGAAAUGCUUUGUAGGGGAGAGUUGAAACCCAAGCCUGCAGAUUUGCGACCACUACGCUGUCGCUACGUUAACAACAAUGUGCCAUUCCUUCGCUUGGGGCCUCUAAAGCUGGAAGAGGCGUAUAUGGAUCCCUAUAUUGUGAUCUAUCACGAUGCCAUGUACGACAGUGAGAUCGAGGUGAUCAAACGCAUGGCUCGUCCGCGUUUCCGACGCGCCACCGUGCAGAAUUCUGUGACUGGGGAACUGGAAACGGCCAAUUAUCGGAUCAGUAAGUCGGCGUGGCUAAAGACUGAGGAGCAUCGUGUCAUUGGCACUGUGGUGCAGCGCACGGCCGAUAUGACGGGUCUCGACAUGGACUCGGCCGAAGAGCUGCAGGUGGUUAACUAUGGCAUUGGUGGGCACUACGAGCCGCACUUUGAUUUUGCGAGGCGUGAGGAAAAGCGUGCCUUUGAAGGUCUAAAUCUGGGCAAUCGCAUUGCCACAAUGCUAUUCUAUAUGAGCGAUGUAGAGCAGGGCGGUGCGACUGUAUUUACCUCGUUACGGGCAGCACUUGUGCCAAAAAAGGGCACGGCAGCUUUCUGGAUGAACCUGCAUCGCUCGGGUGAGGGCGAUUUGCGAACACGACAUGCGGCAUGUCCCGUACUCACUGGCAGCAAGUGGGUUUCGAACAAGUGGAUACACGAGCGUGGCCAGGAAUUCAGAAGGCCCUGCGGCCUGCAAGCAGAUCAUGGCGAUUUUGCCAUCUAAGUAGUGCAAUCGAACAAAGAAUUUAAUUGAAUCUUUGACUAAUUUUAAGAAAAUAUGGAAAUUAUUUGAUUAAACUACCCUAAGCUUUUCAUUUAGAUGCGAGCGCUGUAAAUCAUGCUCCACAUAGCUGCCAGCUGCCUUAUGUGCUUACUUACUCAUACAUAUACAGAACUAUGUACUUUAGUUGUGCCUCCUCCAAGCAAUCCAUUGUAUAUAAAGCACCAGAAGCUGGCGCGCACAUGCAAUUAUUUCAAUUUCUCUCCUCUUCAUUCAUUUUAAUUAAGGACUAUUAUUUUCGCCUACUGAAUUUAUCUACUUUUGUAUAUUUGUAGCUUAAAAUAGUAGAAAAGAAAUAUGACAUGGAAAAUAAAUUAAAAUUCAAAAAUA